AUGCAAAUUGAGCGCUUGAUAUCCCUAGAGCCCAUUCAUUACCAAGUUUUACUGUCAUUAAGGAAAUUUUUAUGUUCGGUUAAUCACCAGGUUUCGCAGGUUUGCCCUGUAAGCCGAUUCAACCAAGCCUUGGACUUGCUAGUUGAUCAGAUACAACUAGUUCUUUUCCAGCAUAGGCAACUGGAGAAGUAUAUUGGCAAUAGAGUCAUUGAUAAGGAUAAGUUAAAUGUAUAUAUGCAGCGGAAACUGCUUGGAUUAGAAAAAUGCGGGAUGAUUUUAAACAGUUGCUUGGAUUUACUGUUUGGUAGAACCCUGGGGUACCAUCCACUAAGUUUAAAUUUGAUGAUGAUGGAAUUCGUGCUUAAAAUCUAUUCAAAUCUACGGCAACUAGCAGAAGUGAUCAAUUGCCAGCGAAUCGACAAUAUGUUGUAUAGAUUUGAGUGCCAACUAGUUAAGACUUGGAACUAUGUCUCAGGAACUAGGCUUCUAUUCGACAACGUAAGAGAUUUGCAUUCGCCUAAUUUUGAUUUCAUUAGUCCUCCUCUCCUUAAAAUCAAUCAAAUUGCGAAGAGGGGGUUCUUCAGAUUAAGCAUUCCAGUGCUAAACUACGAGCAUUUGUUGGUUGAUGUAUGUCAGUUGCAUUCUGGGGAGCUGGUUGUCUUCAAAAUUUUGGAACAGCAACUACCAUAUUCUGUUGGAAAUAGCAGUAAGUUAUUAAGUGAUCUAAUUGAGGGGAUUGUAAAUGUGUCAAGUAUCGGCCGUUCUUUACUGUUCUAUCCUGUUAGGAAAGCCGACUUCAAUAUUGUGCGAGAAAUUGAAAAUGGGUUUGAGUUACAGCUCUGUAAGAGGAGCAAUCUGCGACUGCAAUUGGUGUCAUUGAAUUCUCAUGAAUGGUCAAAAUUCUGGAGAAAUAAUCUAAUACUGCUUUUUGACAACACUUGGACCGCAGUACCCAUGCAGUCAACCCUAGCAUGCACAAAAAAUACAUCUCAUGUACUCCAAAAGUUUAGGCUUAAACAUGAGAAAUUGCAUCGACUAUGCCCUCCCGGCUGCAUUGGCUUGGGGCUAGAAUUACCGUUUUCUCCACGACCCCAGAUAGCGAGCGGCGGAAUUAGCGAAAUUACCGUCCCCUUCUAUGAGCUCCAACUCGCAAACUUGUCGCAAACUUUGCUUGCUUCGUCAACUUCAUCGUUGGAAGAAUGCUCAAUUAAUACGAGUGCUCUAUCUAUCAAUCUUGCCUAUAAUAAUUAUGCUACUAUGAGUGACUCGGAGCCUGAGGGUUGCUAG